AUGAAGAGUAUCAUACUUCAGUGCCUUCUCUAUGGAUCCAUGCUGUUCGGGCUCUGGACAGCUCUGGUACUUUCCUAUUUGCAAUACAAUCAUGAGAACAGACAGCAGGCGCCCAUGAGGGCUAGGUCACUCAGAAAACAGGUGUACCAGCAAACCCAUAACUCAGAGGAAACUCCCAAACAGAGCAUUACUGAUGAUAAGAUUGACUUUUCAAACCCAGAACUUCUCAAAGGAUUUAUGCAGUAUGGAUUUAAUGCUGUUAUCAGUAGAAGACUGGGCAUUAAUCGAGAUGUGCCAGAUUCCAGGGAUAAAAUAUGUUAUCAGAAACAUUACCCAUUCUAUCUACCUUCUGCCAGCAUCAUCAUAUGCUUCUAUAAUGAGGAGUUUAACACCUUGCUCCGAACAGUGUCAAGCGUGAUGAGCCGCACUCCACACCAUGUCCUUGAAGAAAUAAUUUUGGUUGAUGACAAGAGUGAGAUUGAUGAUUUGAAAAAAAAACUGGACUAUCAUCUGGAACUUAUUCGUGAAAAGAUUAAAUUAGUGAGAAACAGAAAGAGAGAGGGUCUCAUCAGGUCAAGGAUGAUCGGAGCCUCCCGGGCCUCAGGGGACGUCCUGGUGUUCUUGGAUAGCCACUGCGAGGUGAACAGAGUCUGGCUGGAGCCCUUGCUGCAUGCCAUUGCUAAAGACCACAAAAUGGUGGUGUGCCCUGUGAUCGAUGUCAUUGAUGAGUUUACCCUGGAUUAUACGGCAGCACCUAUUGUGAGGGGAGCUUUUGACUGGAACCUGAACUUUAGAUGGGACAGUGUUUUGUCACAUGACACAGAUGAUCCAGAAGGACCAAGCAAACCCAUCCGGUCACCUGCAAUGGCAGGAGGAAUUUUUGCCAUAGCCAGACAUUAUUUUAAUGAACUUGGGCAGUAUGACAAGGACAUGGAUCUUUGGGGAGGAGAAAAUGUGGAACUUUCACUAAGAAUUUGGAUGUGUGGAGGCCAACUCUUUGUAAUUCCUUGCUCUCGGGUUGGACAUGUCAUUAAGAUACAAGCUCAAAAUCGCACAAUUAAGAGAGCCUUGAUAAGGAACACACUGCGGGUGGUUCACGUCUGGCUGGAUGAGUACAAGGAUAAUUUUUUUCUUCAAAGGCCGUUUUUGAAAUACGUAUCCUACGGAAACAUUACUGAGCGUGUCGAAUUAAGGAAACGGCUGGGUUGCAAGUCAUUCCAGUGGUAUCUGGAUAAUGUCUUUCCAGAGUUGGAGCCAUUUAUAAACACUGGUGAAAAGGAUCAAAAUCAUUUUCAUUAAA